CUGCGUUAAAUCUGACUAUUGCGCCGUUUUCCACAUGCCCUCAUCCACCAUUUCUCCUCUUUGUGGAAUGAUAUUAACGUCCAAGUGUUUUUGCGGGCAGUUAAGAAAACGGUCUUGGUGUAUUGAUGAACACACAGUUACAAAUUCGCGCUGCCCAGUGUAUCGUGCCAAGUACAUCAAGCGUUGCUGUUAAUGUCCAGCGUGGGGCGCUACAGCAACUGUGCGGGUAGCAGAUAGUUUUGUUGACGGAAGUUCCCACGGAAGAAGAGAGGACCAGCGAUGGUGCGGUUGAAGGCAAGGUAUUUAUUGUGCGAAAUCAAUGUAUCAGACCGAAACCACCUGCUGCGGUUGACUGACACGUCUAUUUCAGCGGCAGUGAAGACAACGGUGGCCCGAAUACACGGUGACUAUGGCAGAGCUCUCUGCAGCAUCGGAUUCUCCGUGAAAUAUCUGAACGCUCAUACUGGAACAGUAUUUCUGCGUUUCCCCAAAAGAUGUUACAAACUCCUGUGGUCUGCGUUGCCUUUCAUAACUAGUAUUGAAACUCAUGGGCAGACAAUUCCAUGUUUUCUAAACUGUGUGCAUGUGGGAGGAACAAUUAGGACAUGUCAGAAGUUUCUGAUCCGAUACAACACCCAGCAGCUCCGUCGUAUGCUCCCUAAAUGUAAAAAUGAAGAGGAAAAACAACAGAUUCGCAAAGCAAUUCUGAAUUGCUCACUAACACAAGGCAACAAGGAAGCAUACGAUGAUGAAUUAGAGAGUGAAGAAGAUGAAGAAGAGUGACUUCACAACAUACAGUAAAAGGCAGCAGCUGUAUUGUUCUCCCUGGACGUCUUGCUGUGACUAUUUUUGUUACAGGACUAAUAGGAGGGAAGAUAUGAAGAGUGUGAGGAAAUGCAUGCCCAUCUGUGGUUUUCUGUCAGUACUCACUGUGCAGUGCAGUGUUACUAAAGAAAACUGACUGACUGUAUGCCUGUCCUUAGCACAGAGACACAUUACAUUAUGUUUGUCACACUUUGUCACAUAAAUAAUUUGGGUUGAUGGAAUGGUGUGAUGGUCAGCAUGAAUAUUCUUUCACAGCCAGGUCACAUUUGUUUCUAAUGUUGAUGCUGAAUUACUAUCUCUUAGUUCUUUUAAAUAAAACUACAUAGCAUAUCACAUAGCAAAAUAAGACUAUGGCCCAAUUCUGAGGAAACAAAGUUUUUUUUUUUUUAACAUUUUAAUGAAUUUAUAUUGUAUUUAUCCAAUGUGUUGUGUUGAUGUCUAUUUUGUUUACAAAUUAAAGCAGUAUUUUUGAUUGCA